CAGUGUUUAUUUACAUUCUCUUUUGGGGUGAAGAUAUUGUUGAAAAGACUGCUGAGAUAUCAUUUCUGGCGCAUAGCAAAUGGCGUUGUUUGUCAAACGACUUGUCCAAAGUCAAUCCCAAAUCGUACGAACGGUGGACGUACCUUGGAUAAAUUUAAGACGUUUGUUCAUGUUUGCAAAUUGUGUUUGGGGGUUCAGUCCCCGUACUGUAAGACAUGGCAUCGAAAUAUUGAUAGUUGCUGGUUAGAGCAAAAGGCAUGAAAUCCGAAGGAUGAGGAAGCGGCUAACGAAAUCCUGAUGGCCGACCGAGCGACCGAGGCAGAACGGCAGACGACAAGAACAGACGUCCGUCAUGUUGGCCCGAGAAUAUCGCGUGAGACACAAGCUUGCAAAAGAGAGGGCCAAGACACCUGCAAAUCGCGAAUCGCCAUCCACCACUGUGUUGGAGAGUGGAAGUACCACGCAGUUAAAAUGGUCCCCCGAUUGGCGCGGCCAUGGUUGCCCCGUUGACAGGAUUGGCACCAUUCUGCCCACUGGUCUCCGAGAACGCGUUUUCGAUACUGCACACCAGCCUCUCCGUCUUCUCGACGGGAAUGUUGCGCUUGCGCUUUUGGUCUUCGGGAACCUUGUCAGUGGACCGAUGGAAUAUUCUUCGAAGAAAUUGGGGGGUUGCAUCCAUGGCGCUCUACCCCGUAGUGGCAGGUCAAGUACCCCUCCUGGAAGUGUCGCUGUCAACUUGUCGUCGUCUUGUGUGUGCCAUUGUGCGCUGUCGUCGACCGUCGUCGUUGCGGUGGCCGCUGUUCUAAUGUCAAUCUGGAAAGAUUGGAGAACGCAGCAGGGAGUGACAGUACCAGACGCCAGCCAGAGCCAGCGUGUGAUUGCAACCCACCCAAAGACGCCGGCUAGAAGGCCGGAUUUAAGUUCCACAUUGCUGGCGACGGAUGAGCGAACCUCGAAGCGGUAAAAUGGGAGGGGAUGGAAAAUGUAACGAUGGACGGCGACCAAAGCCGGUGCUAUUCCUGCAGCAAUCCCGGAGUUUGAAGAAACAUAUGAAAACAAAUAUCCCAAAGGAGAAGCAGUUCUCGGAG